AUGGACUCAACAAAUUGUGGUGACGUUGGUGCUGGAGCUAGUAAUGGUGAAUUUGGUGAUGUCAUGGGAUAUGACGAGGGUCAUGGAUCCGGUCACGGAUUCGGUGCAAAUGGUGGUGGAGGCGGCGGUAGAGGUGGAGGUGGUGGUGGAGGAGGAGGUAGUGAUGGAGGAUCUAGUUUUGGCAUUGGAGAUGGUGAGGGUCAUCGAUCGGGUGAAAACGGCGGUGGUGGUGGUCAAAAUGGUGGUAGUGGUUUUGGUGCCGGAGGAGUAUGGGGCCAUGGUGGUGGUGGUAAUUGA